CUGAACAAGACAGCUCCAGCUAGGGCUCAACGCAGACCACUUGAGAUUUGCCAGGGAUCUUGAGGUGAAAAAAAUUUUUAAGAAGGAUGAAUUCUGAAGACUGUUCUAUAACGGAGAAUAGCUCUUCAGAUCUGGAGAGAGGGCGGAAGGACCAUGGCACCAGUAUACGUUUUGAGGAGCAUCAUGAAGGAUCCAUUCAAGUUCCUAUCCCUCUUGCUGUGUUUAUAGUGGUCCUCAUCACUUCCUUAACGAUAGCUCUCAUUGCCUUGGGCGUGGGGAAGUACAAUUGCCCGGGCUUCUAUAAAAAGUGGGAGUCAUCUGACCACCAGGUUGCUACCUGUGAGGAUGAGUGGAUUUCAUACAAAAGGAGGUGUUACUUUUUUUCGACCACAACCAAGAGUUGGGACUUGGCCCAAAACUCUUGUUCUGAAGCUGACGCUAGUCUUGCUGUUAUUGAUUCGGAGAAGGACAUGGUAUUUCUGAAGCGAUUUGCUGGUGGACUGGAACGCUGGAUUGGGAUGAAAAAUGAAGCUAAUCAGACAUGGAAAUGGGCAAGAGAAUUUAACAGCCGGUUCAACUUGACGGGGUCUGAGAGGUGCAUGUCUCUGAAUCACACAGAUGUUGCUGCUGUGAACUGCGAGGCAAGCUUACACUGGGUCUGCAGCAAGCCCUCCAGAUGACAAGGAAGCAUACAUAUGUAGAUGACUGUGCCAUAGCAUCACAGGAAAGUUGUAUGACUGGAUGCUACUCUGUGGUUGAAUUUUCCACAAAGACUGCACAAAUCAACUUUACAUCAUCCUGGAACUCCUGCAGAUAGGACUGUGGGAAACGAGGAAGAAGAUCCAGGAAGAUACCUUGACCAGGAGCUGAAAAUAUCCCUGACUGACUGGUAAUCACAUCAAAGAUGAGAGGAUGACUAUAAAGCCUCAUAAAUGCACUUUAUAUUUUAAACUUAGAAUGAAUAAAAAUGACUAGACUUAUAGUUACUAUUUAUUGCUGAAUGACUGCAACAGCCAGCGCCUUCAUGCAUUUGCACUAUUUGGAGGGGUUUCAGUGGUAGGAAGAGCUGAAUGUAGAUACAGGAAAUUGACUGAUUAGUGAUUUUCUUAAAUUCAAAAAGCAUUCACAAGUAGACCAAUGCUUAUAAAACCAAGCUUUGCAGUAGCUCCAUCUAUUUACAGACCUUUGCCUCAUUAUUUUGUCAAUUGUUUUCCCAAAGAAUAAUAGUAGUCUUUUCUUUAACUUUCUCCAUGUAGACAGCUAAUUUUCAUUGGUAAAUACUUCUCAGUCUUUAAAAACCUCUGUAGUAUAUUUCAAAGAAGAAACAAAAGCACAGCAUAUGAGGAAUAUUUGUAAAGUCGAUUUUAAAGUGCUGAAAAGAAAAGUGCAAUAUGUGUUGUGGCAGAUCUCUGUCAAGACACACACACCCUGUGGUUUAACCCUAAAAUAACUCCAGUCUUGUCACAUAACCUGUUUGUGUCUUUCCCAGUCCUUUGUCCAAAGUAUUUCCCAUGUGCAAUAAAGUGUUUAUGUAUUUGUUUGUAUUUUAAAACCCACUAUAAAGUUUAAGCUGUUUCUAUGUAUAUGAAAAUAAAAGAUUAGACACAUGG